AUGCCAUCAGGGUCAGGGCAGUCAACCGUGUCCAACCAGCUGACAAUUUACCCUGCCGACAGAAGAAGCAGGACCGGCGGUCCACCUUAUGGCUCAUCCCACCCAGUGCCUGUUGUAGCAGACACAUUCACGGGCUCGUCACAAUUGACAAGCUCACCUGGAAGUGCGCACUCCCAGCGAGUACAAGAUCGAGGACGUCCCAGGGUCGCAGCCACCAAGGCUACAGAAGCAGGUCCGCGUCGCGUAAAAUAA